CUCCAUUUUGAGGUCAAGAUAAUCACUAUCAGAAAUCCCCGGAUGACUACGUUGAUUCUGUUCUGCGUGCACACACUUAAUUAAUUCGUGUAACGAGGUUUUAGCUCUGACAGAUGGAAUAGCUAAGAUAAGUAUUAUGGAUCUGUGGACUGUGUUUCUCGCCUUCGUGGUAAUUCUGUUGUAUGUAUGGUGGAAGAAAACUUCCCGGGACUCUGCCUUGCCCCCCGGACCACCCACUGUGCCUUUUCUGGGAAAUCUACUUUCCAUGGCUCCAGACUCGAUGUUGGAGAAUUUCCAGACUUACAGGAAAAAGUAUGGAGAUGUUUUCAGUCUGAUUACUGGCACUAAAACAAUGGUAAUUGUGAAUGGACUGGACACAAUAAGAGAUGUUUUUAUCAAACAUGCAGAUAUUGUUUCCGAAAGACCGGAUUCUUAUACAACCAAAGAGAUAUUCAAGUAUAAAGGAAUCACCUUUACUUCAGGGGAAUUUUGGAGAGAACACAGAACAUUUUCUCUUCAUGCACUCAGAGAGUUUGGAUUUGGAAAACGAAGUUUGGAAUCUAAGAUAAUGGAAGAAGUGGGUGUUCUUGUUCAGGAACUCCAGUCCCAGAAUGGACGGCCGCUAAGUAUUCGAACGUUGAUGACUGUCUGUGUCUCAAAUAUAAUGUGUUCUAUCAACUUUGGUCAGAGAUUUGAACAUGACGACAAAAAAUUCGUUUCGUUAAUUCAAUUGAUGAAUGAAAAUGUCAGCAAUGGAAGCGUAAUGUUUUUAGCGAAUAUUUUUCCAUUCUUGAGGCAUGUGCCCGGAGAUCCUUUAAAAAUCAGCAAAGUGUUGCGCAAUGCUGCUAUAAUCGAAGAAUAUAUGAAUGAAAUUGUCAAAGACCACGAAGAAAGCUUUGAUGAGAACAAUAUGAGGGAUUUCAUCGAUGUUUAUUUGAAGAAAAUAAAAUCUGAGGAAAGCAACCCCCACACAACUUUCAAUACGAAACAACUGCUGUUGAUUGUGGUUGAUCUCUUCGUCGCUGGAACAGAGACUACAUCAACAGCACUACGAUGGUUUGCUGUGUUCAUGAUCAGAAAUCCGGAAGUUCAGGAGAAGAUGCGCAAAGAAAUCAAUGACGUCAUAGGCGAUUCUAGGUAUCCUAGUAUGAACGAUAAAAUUAAUCUACCAUAUACGGAGGCAGUUCUUCAUGAAGUUCUCCGAAUGGGGUGUAUUGUGCCAUUAGCUCUACCCCAUGGAUUGAACACCGACUUGAAAUACAGGGAUUUCAUUAUUCCGAAAGACGUGUUCUUAAUUCCAAAUUUACAUUCAGUCCUCUUAGACUCAGAUGUUUUUGUGGAUCCAAAAGUCUUUCGACCUGAGAGAUUUCUUGACGCUGAUGGGAAGCUUGUAAAUACUGAACGAGUUUUGACAUUUUCCCUCGGUCGUCGUGUUUGCCUGGGUGAAUCUCUGGCUAGGAUGGAGCUAUUCUUGUUUGCUACAACUUUAGUACAGCGAUUCCAAAUCCUACCCGCUGAUCCCGCGCACCUGCCGUCGUUAGAGGGGAAUUUGGGAGUGAGUUACGCUCCAGAGGACUUCUUACUUAGGGCGCUUAGUAUCUAAAACAUGCAUAUUUUCUAUCUAUGAUAAAGUAGUAAAAUACGUGAAUAUCAAUAUUGUCAUAUUAUUUCCAAAGCUGAUAUGUAUAAUACACUGAGUAGGUUUUUUGCUAUAUGCCUCUUCCGUUGUAACCUUUGAUGUGUAAUGUUAUGUGUUAGGAAGGCAUAUGGCGUAUUUCAGUUAUGGGUAUGCAUUGUAUCAUGAGUAUAACAUAUAAAGCACUCUAUCAUUGUCGGAUACCUGUUUAAAGAGAUUUAAUAUUCUCCAAUCUGGGUUUUUAGAAGUUAUCGAUGUUGCAUACUAUUAUAUUACAUAAUAAGAAUAAAACUGUUUCAUUAU